AUGGCCACCGUGCUUCCCGCUUCGCAGGAGAGGCAUACGCGACUUGCCUCCGAUCCUCUACGGUGUUCCAUCGCCCAGAGAUACUUCCUAGAAGACUCAGAGGUGGCUACUGCCAAAUCUUCUACCCAUGACUAUUCCCCAAGAUCUUGUCCUAGUCCAGUUGUAUCCUCUACACUUUCUUCGUUCCCCCCUUCUCCCGACUUCGCCCAGACUGCUACCGGUCAUCUGCUUCCUACCCCCGCAACCCUUAGCAAUCUAUCAUUCUGUGUACGUGAUGGACAGGACGAGGAUGAGAUUCUACUACCCUCAUAUGACGCCGGUCCAGGCGCUUCAAAGCUCCCCGAAGCCCCCAGCGAGACAUCGACUGAGUCAUCAACGGAUAUGCAACAUGUGAACUUACCGAGGCCAGCUGAUGACAGUUUAAUUGAGGAGGAGCCGUCGAGACACGUUGAUUACCUUUCUCAUGAAUGGAAGGAGGAGGAUAUUUGGGCCUCUUGGCGUUAUGUAAUUACCCGAAGGGAAAUAUACGAGCACGGCGUGAGGUUGGAGAAUGCUUCGUGGAGGACUUGGACAAAGUUGAAGCUCAACCUGGGAACAGUAUCGCCGGAAACCCUCAACUGGUUGAAGGACUAUGACGUGACUUGGCUAUACGGCCCGUUAAAAUCGUGCAACAGGCGCAAGAAUGUCUCCAACGCGUCACCGCCCCCGAGUCGCCUCGAAACGCCUAUAGAAAGGAAGCCGAUCUUGAAAAAGAGGACCGCUUCGGAAACUAUACUGCAGCGUUCCUUGUCGCAGCACACCCUCCUACAGCAUGCAGGUGCCAUUUUGAAGGCACAGGAAGCGGAGGUCAACCGUAGUCGGCCAUCCUUCUACCGUUACCCGUCCAAGUUGGGACAGACAUUCAGUCAAUCUUCCGAAGGGUAUUCGCAAGUUUCACCCAGUGCUACGCCGACCAAUGGAUCUUCUGGAACAGGAUCCCCCUCUGAAAAGCGCCAUAUACAUUUCAAUAACGAGGUAGUGCAGUGUAUCGCAGUCGAGGCAAAAGAUGACGAGGAUGACGAUUGGCCGCCAACAAUGCAGGAUGACUCGUCUUCGGAAGAUGGCAUUGUCAUGAUGAGACAAGGCUCUUGGCCGGCAUCAACCAGCGACCGGAGCACAACUCCUCGAAGCAGCUUUAGUAGUGACAAUAAGACAAUUGCUCCCCUACCGUCCACCACUCUUAAAUACCGGGGGGAUACCCCAGAGCCGCCCGCAGAUUCAAUACUUAAUCGAUGGUCCGGCUACUUCUCGUCAUACAGCUCUUCUCCCUCUGUUGAGACAACUCAUACCUCCGAUCCGGCGGCGAAUUUCUUUCUGGACGGAGCGGAUAAUGAUCUAGAUUUCAAUUGGGAACCGACGCAAAGAGAACACGAUGUGGAAAAUCGAAGUCGACCGUGGUUUGUCAAUCCUGAAGAUGAUGCUGAACUUGACCGACAUUACCUUUCAUCUUCGGGAGUUUCGUACGACGACGUGGAAAUCGCAAAUACCAGUAUAUUUGACCGAGUGGUUGAUACCGUUAAUACUGCCAGAGACAUCGCACAUGUAAUAUGGAACGUGGGGUGGCGGCGAUAG